GUAAUCCGUAAUCCGUAUGCUGCAUGUGCCGAUCGAACGGAUAUAGUGGAAAUGGUUGCAGAAUUCUCUAAGAGUUUUGAAUUGUAUAAGACAGAGGUGCUUGACCUUGUUCAGAGAUUUGAUAGUUACCUCUCUAAUGAGAAUACUGGUUCAGAAAUCCAUGAGGAGCUACAUGACAUUGUGACUGCAGCGACCAAAUUACCUAAAGCUCCAUGGGAGGUGGGUAUUUGCAAAGCAUGUGGCAUUGAUAGAGAUGAUCACAUUGUUCUCUUGUGUGAUGGCUGCGACGCGGAGUACCAUACUUAUUGCCUGAGUCCACCACUAACUCGUAUACCACGAGGAAACUGGUUCUGCCCAUCGUGCAAGUUAAAGCCAGAGAGAUCACAUCUUGACCAGGGUGCUCUGGAUUUUAAACGACAGCGAAAAGGAGCAGAGUCUCAUGCAUUUCACGGCAAACCAUCGUGCAUGUCAGCUCAAAAGAAAUCACAUCUUGACCAGGGUAUUCAGGAUUUGAAACCACAACAGAAAGGACCCUAUCAUGACAUGCUUAUUAAGUUAGCUGCAACAGUGGCACAAAAGGAGUACUGGGAGCUUAGCACACAAGAGAGAAUCGAUAUGCUGAAAUUUCUUUGUGAUGAAAUGCUCAACACAGUCCUGAUAAGAGAACAUAUAGAAAAAUGUCCAGAUAAGUUCAAUGAUCUCCAGAAGAAGUUUUAUGCUUUGAAUUUUGAAUUGAAGCAUCUGAAAGAUAAGGAGGAAAUGAGGACUUCAUAUGGUGAAAUGGAUACUUUAUCUGACCAGAUUUCAAAAGUGCAGGAGUCAAUUGGCACAGUAGAGUCAGAGCUUAAUAUGGCAACCCUGAGAAGAGAUUUUCUGGGAAAGGAUUCGUUGGGUCGACUGUACUGGGUGUUAGGACGAUUUGGUAAACGUCCUUUACUGGUCGUUGAUGGAAGCAUGCUGAUAAGCAAGGAGAGGGACCCACCAUCUACUUCUGAUUGUAAAGGAUGGAAUUCUGCAUCUGUUGUCAUUUAUGAAUCGGAUGAAGAAAUCCAUAGUCUUGUUGACUGGCUAAGGGAAUACGAUCCAUGGGAGAAGGAGCUGAAACGUGGUAUCCAGCAGUACUGGCAGCGGCAGCGGCAUCUUCAUCACCUGGGUAAUUUUGUUCUCAGUGAUCCUCCAGUAUCAUCCCAGGGGUCGUCGAACAGCAGCGAGCAGCAGCUUAUGGAACUUCCCAGUACCAAGGCUGCAGCAAUUUUGGGGAAAACAUGCCGCUGCGACUGCUUAGAGCCUAUAUGGCCUGCUCAACACCACUGCACAGCAUGUCACGAGACUUACUUCACAUCAACGGAGUAUGAAGAUCAUGCUGGAAAGUGCAAUGGACAUGUGAACAAGGACAAGGAUUCUGUUCAUCCUAGCUCCACCUCUGAGUCUGACUCCACAAAACCGAUGAAGUCAUGCCCAUAUGGCUUUGAAGUGAUUUGCAGAAAAUUUUCCACCAAUGAUUCAAGCAAGGAGAUAGUGAAGGAUAUUGGACUUAUUGGAUCAAACGGAGUUCCGUCUUUUGUCCCUUCACGUGCAGCUUUUAUUGAUCCUCCAGUCAUUCUGAAUAAAAACAAAAAGCAAGAUGACAUCCCAAAUGAUGAUUGUGUUUCCAGCUCCUUAGAGGAAUGCCAGGCAAUGUCUGUACAAAAGCUAGGGAAGGAGGGGUCCAAUUCUGCUCAAGAUUGUCCUGCAGCUAGUACUUCCUGUGAUGAAAAUGUGUCAAAAACUAAGGAGCCAGCCCCUGAUACUGACACUACUUCCUGUGAGGAAGCAGCAUCUUCUGCAACAGACAAGCCAACAAGAUUGCUGGCUGUUAACGGUGGCUUGGUUCCGGAGUCAUCAUUGAGACCUGUUACAGGAAGAAACUCCCAUAUCCUAAAGCAGCAAAAGAUCCAUUUGCUUGAUAUAGAAGCAGCGUUGCCUGAGGAAGCUUUCAGAGCCUCAAAGUCUCAACAAAUGAGAAGGCGUUCAUGGCGUUUUUUUGUGAAGCGUGCAGAAUCAAUAUCCGAGAUGGUACUGGCGACCAGCAUGUUGGAGAGAGUGAUAAGAUCCGAGUUCUUGAAGAAUGAUUGGUGGUACUGGUCCUCCUUCACAGUAGCUGUCAAGACCUCAACUGUAUCCUCACUCGCUUUCAGGAUCUACACUCUCGACGACUGUAUCAUGUACACCAAGGAGCCUAGCACCGUGCCGCCGGCUGACAGUACAAAAGUUGUGAACAAAGGGAGGAAGGGGAAAGAGCCAGAACCGUCAGCGUCGUAAUUUGCGCCGCUCGAUUUAUUGUAUACCCCAAACUUAGAUGUUCCGCCGACAGUUCAACAAUAAUAUGACGCUGUGGUGACAGAGAUGGUACUAUAGGCAGAGUUUGGUUAUUAUGUGGUCCCUUGAGGCUUUAGACUUAGAGCUAUCUUUGAUUCUGGUGUUCCUGCAAGGGUGCAAGUGCAACCUUGACAGUUCAUCUUAAUACAAGUCAUAUUUAUCAGACUAUAUAGUUGUGCGCCUUAGAUAUGUUUGGGCCAGCAAAGAAGGAAAAUGUGUUGU